GAUGGAGACACUGCAAGCAAGGACCGACUCUUUUGCGAAGACAAAGCGCGUCAAGAACCCCUCAAAACCUUCUUCAUAUGUUACUCUCAAAUGGCCACAUCUCAGCAAUUUCAAGGCGAACGCAGAUACUCUUGCGGAGGCAGGCUUCUUCUAUGCCCCCAGCUACGAUGAUCCUGACAAUGUAACAUGCUUCGUCUGCGGGAAAGAAUUAAGCGGAUGGGAGACGGAAGACGAUCCGUUUGACAUCCACUGGGAGAAAUGUGGGAAACGAUGUUGUUGGGCGAGCGUUAGAUGUGGACUGCGAGGCGAUAUGGAUCGAUAUGGCAGGUUUACUUUUCCGGAUAAAACGCGUCUCCCCACGUCUAAAGUCAUGGAGAAGGCGAGGCAGGAGACUUUCUCAGUCGGAGGAGGUUGGAUUCACGACGAAGUCAAAAGCCAUGGUGCCAAUUCAAAGAAGAUGGCUCUGGCAGGCUUUGUUUGUACGCCUCAGCACGUUGGUGACGACCUUGCAACUUGCAUGUAUUGCCAUAUAUCAUUGAGUGGUUGGGAUGAGGAAGAUAAUCCAUUGGAGGAGCAUCGUAAACGAAUGAAGCAAGGACAAAUUUGCCCCAUGUUUUCGAAUAGUUCCCCAGACCCAAUUCCUGCCAAACCGUCAUCAAGGACUCAAUCUACGAAACCUCCUUCAAAACCUCAGUCACGCACCGCCUCAAGAUCGAAAACCACAACUCACCAAGACGUACUCAUGCCCACCAAAACAUAUGACGGAGACCCAGAUGCUGGAUCUGAUUCUGAGUCUACUGCGACCAGACGCGUCGUUGCAAAGACCCCUCGAAAAGGUCGCUCCACCUCUGGCUCUAGCAAGUCAUCGGCUAAAACACCUGCCCGAAGUCACACUCGAAGCACCAGCAGGUCGGGAUUGAGGGAUGUCAUGGAGGAUGAUGAAACGGAAGCUGAGGAGACUAUUCUAGCCCCACCUCCGACGGUCAAGAAGAGAACGAGGUCAAGGUCCAAAUCGGUAGCUAGGAACGCGACGGAGGAUGAGGAAGUGGAGGAUGAGGAGGCUAUUCCAGCACCACCGCCGACUGUCAAGAAGAAUGCGAGGUCGAGAUCUAGGUCUGUAGCUAGGAACGCGACGGAGGAUGAGGAAGCGGAGGACGAGGAGGCUAUUCCAGCACCACCCCCGACUGUCAAGAAGAAUGCGAGGUCGAGAUCUAGGUCGGUAGCUAAGAACGUCGUGGAGGAGGUAAUAACGGCUGAAGCAACUAUUCCACCGACUGUCAAGAAAAAUGCGAGGUCGACAGCCAAGGCAGUUGCUAGAUCCGAGACACCAGAUCAGAGCGAGGCGGGAGAUCAUGACGACCCAGUACCGAGGAAGACUUCGUCUCGUACCAAGGCGAAAGCGAAAUUGACACCAACAGGUGAUACGGAAGACGAGGUUCCUCGUAAACCUUCUCGAUCCAAAUCCAAGCCACCGCCACCGCCGGCUGAAGCAGUAGAAGACACAGCUACCCGCAAGCCAUCUCGUACCAAGUCAAAGAUGAAGAUAUUUGAUGAGGAAGAAGUAGUGGAGCCAGGACGGAAAACCCGACCCGUAUCAAAGGCGAAGCCCGCACCUCCUCGAGAACCAACUCGCACUAAAGCAACGCCCGCGGCCACAACGUUAGUGGAAGAAGAAUCCUCCGAGCUUGAGCAACCUGAGAUCAUCGUCAAACCAUCCAAAAAGGGGUCAUCUUCCACUAAAUCAAAACCAAGUCACAAGGAGCAAGUUUCUGCAGCAGAUUUGUUUCUUGAUGACGACGACGAUAUGGGUGGCUAUGUGUCCCCACCUCCCAAGGUCGCUUCAACAGUGGAGCUGCCCCCUUUGUUUAUCCCCAAGCGGGGAGAGAAGGCGAAGACCACGUCUGUGGAACCAGAAACAGGAGCGACACGGCCUGUGGAGAAAGAGAGGAAGAAACCGGGGAGACCGCCAAAAUCCAAGGCGAGAGCGCCUUCUCCUGCCCACAUUGCGCCUGCGGAAGAGGAAGAAUGGCCUGUUGAGAACCAUCACGCUCCCCUUUCUCCUGCCUCGAACAACGCCCCCCACUCGGCUGCUAGGGAGAAAGCACUUACCAGUAAAGAUAGCGGAAAGCUUGACGAAGGAAGAACGGUUGUUAAUGUAUCGACGGACGAUGAGGAGGAGAAGGAGAUUGAUCAUGCGAAGAAGGCAAAGAAGAUAAAUCUGGGAGUCGAAGGCAAGGAGAACGCGAGGGUAUCAAAGCAAGUCCCGCCCCUAGCCGAAGCUGUCGUUGCAGCAACGAAGAAAGAGAAGAAGCAAGAGCUAUUUUCACCGGAAACGCCUAUCGUUCAUGCCCCACCAAAAUCUCCCGAGGCUGAGGGUGAAGACGUCCAAAUGAACGAUGUCGACGCAGAGAUUUCGGAGGGGCAAAAUAUGGCACCGCAAACGCCUCCUCGAGCUACUCCUCAGGCCCUUCCUACUACAACGCUACCUCCACCACCGACCGUCUCCACAGAUCCAGAGCCUAUCCUCAUACCGGCAUUAUCCAAGCUUCCAUUCACACCUCUUCACACACUCACGGAAGCGGAGCUCGAUAUGACUGUAGAGGAGUGGAUCCGGUAUCAAAUGGAGGUGGAGUAUGACAAGUUCAAGAGAGACGGAGAAAGGGAGCUAUUGAGAUUCAAGAAGCGGGCGGAGGACGUCAGAAAAAUCAUCGAUGGUCUUUGA